CGCAAUCGAGAGAGUUAUGGUAUCCGGGGACCCGUUAUGCAUGAUCAUAAUUAUUAAAAGCCGCAUCCCCUUGCAUGUGCAUACGCAUAUAUACUCAUCUCUCUCUGUAGGCGGUAGAAGAGAGGAAAAGGGAAGGUGCGUCAAACGUAAAAGGCCCGGAAGGCCGAUAUCCCGAUUUUCGACUUCGACUUCCGACAAUCACUUCAGAGCCUAAUCGAUAUCUUCAACAGUCAAGUCAUCAUCCCACCAUUCACGAACAUGUGACUAUGACGGUAGGAUAGGCUGAGGCCAGCUGUCAAGAUCAUACAAAUUUGCAGUUCCACUUGGGCCUGUUUGAUCAUUGGCCUGGGCUGCCUGCUGGGCAGUAGAGCUGGGCUGGGCUUGGUCUGCAAUAGGAGGAUUGAGAUCCAACUGCAUGAGAUUUUCCAGUUGCAUGAGGGCUUCUGAAUCAGGAGAGUACAUGUCUUGAGAGUCAGGAGGAGGGAUAGAGUCAAGAAACUGCUGAUCUUGAGAGGUAGGAGGAGGAGCUGGAUUCUCUUCAUUGUACUCCUUUAAGGCUUGUUCCAUGAACGCACCCACUUGCAUCCAUGUUCCUAGACAGAUCUCCAGAGGAGACCUUGUGAAGCUACUCCUAGAGACUUGGGUCACCAACUUUGAGCGUCUUCAUCAAAACGCUCAGCCGAUCCAGUCCUCAAAGCCCAAGUUUGGGAAAAGACCAGACAGAAAGGUUGUGAUCUCGUUUGACCACCGUUCGGUUGAGAACUCAGAGCUAUCCGCUCCUCCCAUGUUCCAAACAAUGAUGAUGAUGCAGCCCGUAGAAGGAGUGCAGGAUAACCUGAAGGUGCAGAAACAUAUGCCUCUUAUUCACUCUUUUAAGAGUAAUGUGAUGCCAGUUUAUUUCUUUCGCGAACCUGAGGGAAAACACUGUUAUUGGGAUGUAUACGACUGUGGCGACUGUGAUGUUUGCUACAGGAAAAAACGAAAAGGCCCUCAUUGUUCUUAGGAAGCUCAAAAGAAAGCGGAUCCCAAGCCAAAUCCAAAUUCGGGUGCAGACGAAAGUUUAUCGACCGUUCUAAAGAAGAAGAAGGUGCUACCCUGCUAUAAACCCAUUCUCAAGUGGGUUAGAAAGCAGAAAUGGGAAGAUCCUGAAGAAAUUCGGGACUAUCUCAAAGAUAUGGUGCUAGCCUCUAUUUUUGAGAGGCUUGUCCACAAGAUGGAGCAAAAAGGCAAAUUGGCUGCUAUUCCACAAGCAGCUCCCACCUAUAUGUUUUGUCCAUCCUUGCCAAGCUAUGAUGAACAGUUCCCUCAGCUGGGACAGUUUACUGAUGGCGAAGGGCGGCAUACUCAUGCCUUCAAAAUCCCAAAUCCAACCUCAAAAGAUGAGCAAGGAAGACCCAGAUUUUUCACUUCUGGGGAGGCUGUCCUUAAUUGGCAGUUUUCACAAAACCGUGUUCUCUCAUCCGUAGGGACUAAGGUGGACUCACUUAUGGCAAGAGUCAGCCAGCUUGAUGGCAAGGUUGACAGGCACCAUCUAGAGACCCAGUCACUCCUUCGGACACUACAAAAGAGACUCAAGGAGAUUCAAGAUACUCCUGUUGUCUCAUACUUCCAGAUUGAUCUGGACAGAAAGGAGGAAGAGAUUCGCAAGCUAAAAAACCAAAUUGUGAUUCUCUCUGGGACUCCAGCACCAUUACCGCCAACUUCAUCGACCACAAGCCUCUUCAACUUUUUGGAGAGACCACUUGGAGAAAGAAGUAAGCUUGCAAGGCUCUCACUGUUCUCCCAUUCUCAGGAUGAACAGCAGCCUAAAAAAGCUACACUUGUGGAAAUAAGGGAAAGGGCAAAACAGGCUACAGAGGUAGCUCGAAGACGCUAUGGGAUAAAGAAGGAGGUAUAUGAAACCCCUCCAAGACUAGUUCCGUCUACCUCUAAGCCUCCAAAAGAAGAAAAGGAGAAGAAGAACGGAAGUGACGAAGAAGAAGAAGAUCUUCAGGGAGCCUUUAUGGUUUUCCCUAAGGAAAAUUCUCUGAGCUCCUUUCUUAAGGAGCAAUGCGAAGAAAGUCAUAUGGUGGUUAAAGAAGAAACAUCUGACUCAGUAUCAGAGGAAGAAUCAGAAGCUUCUCCCAAGGAAUCAGAAGACUCAUGGGAGACAGAAGAUUCCUAUCCCCCGGUAAAAAUGAUGGGAAUGAGAGAUGGAGUUGAUUCUGACGACGCCAUGUCUGAAAUGGCAGAUCCACCACAAGCGGCAGCACCAACAACACCAACUAGGGGGAACAUUGCCUUUACUUUAGACGAUAUUCCCUACUCUAAAUGGCCAGACAGGCUCCAGGAGUUUUUGGCCUAUCUCACUACUAGAGCACUCACAGUACGUGCCAACCAUGAGCUCAUGUCAGAUUUCGUAUCUCGGUUUACCAAGACGUUACGGAUCUGGUGGACUGGACUGACAGACCAAGAUCAGGUCCAGUUCAUUGUAAGUAGCCCUACAGAAGCAGUCCAUAUCCUCCAUGUUUAUUUUGUGGGAUAUUCUGGAGAUCUCAGAGAACUCAAACGAAAAGAGUUCUUUGAAAGGAAGUGUUGCUCCUACAAAAGGAAGCAUCUGGACCUAUACUUCAAGCACAUGGUACGGCUUUUUUAUGAGUUCGGAGCGGACAUCUCCCUGAAGCAAGUUUUCCUCUCCUCUAUUCCAGCAACACUAGCAGGAGCAGCGGAAAGGUUACUACAUGAUAGAGGCAAAAGAGUUAUUGACUGCACUGUUGGAGAAAUCCAGCAGGAGAUUCACGUGGCUCUCGAAGAUGCCUGCUUGAAGAAACAAGUCAUCAAAGAAGUCCUAAAGGGAGACAAGUCAAUGGAGAAGGCCUGCAAACGACCUGAGCUGUACAUCAAGUGCUCAAGCAGAGACAAAGACUGUAGCUGCCCCACCAAGAAGAAGAAGCAUUAUAAGAAGUGGAAAAUGUCGAAAGCAAAGUCCAGAAGAUAUUCAAAAAAAAGUAUAAAUCCUCCCGGUGUUACAUUUGUAACCGACCAGGCCACUUCGGUAAGAACUGUCCAAGGGCCCCGAAGCAAGGAGUAAGGCUCAUCCAGCAACUAGAGAAUGCCACAGGGAUCUCACUGGAAAAAGAUGAUGUCGAAUCCCUUUUCUCUCUGGAUGAAGAAGCUGGGCCAUCUUCCAUAGCGAUCCUGAAAAUUCUUACUGACUCAGACUCAAGUUUUUCAAGGUCUAACUCAGACACAUGCUACAUGGUAGCAGAGGAUACUGAAGGGAUUAACUUGGUGAAUUCAGUCCCUCAUAUUCCAGUUUCAGUUUACAUCUCCAAAUACGCGAAACCUAUCAAGGUUAUUGCGUUCCUUGACACUGGAGCUGCCCAAACAAUCAUGAACCCGAAGGUACUACCAAAAGAUUGCUGGAAGCCACACACCAAGUAUUUCAGCACCGCCUCCAGUGAGGUGUUCUCUACUCACCUUAUCAGCCGACCCCUCAAGAUCUAAUUCUUUCCUGGAUGCCAUCUCAUUACUAGGGUAUUGGGUUUACCCUACCCAUGAAGGACAUAGUUGUUGGUUGGGACAUCAUUACUAAGGUGAACAAGCUCAGGAUGACGCCAGAAGAAGUCCGUUUUAAGCGCUACUUUCAACCGUAUGUGCAAACCCCUCAACUCUUCAUGGCAUAGGAAGAUGAAGUCAAACAGAUCCUUAGUGAACUGGUGCAAGAACUAAAACACCAUUCUUGUGCGGACUCUCAUUUGGAAUUCCUCAAGAAAUGUCAUCAUCCAUUGCGGAAAAAUGAGCAGUACUUUGUCAAACUGCCAUUCAAGAAGAACGAGGACAUCAAUCCCACAAAAGCCAGUCACCCAGGAAUGAAUCCUGAGCACCAGAAACUUGCUACCGUUGAAUGUGCUGAGCUGCUCCAGCAAGAUCUCAUUGAGCCCUCUAAUUCGCCAUGGGCUUGUGAGGCCUUUUAUGUGAACAAGCGGUCCGAGCAAGUUAGAGGAAAGCUGUGGCUAGUCAUCAACUACCAGCCCCUCAACCACUUUCUACAAGAUGACAAGCUUCCACUACCGAACAAACAAGCCCUCUUCUCUAGCCUUUCAAAGGCUAAGGUGUUUUCGAAGUUUGAUUUGAAGGUGGGCUUACGGCAACUCGGGAUUCAUCCAGACAAUAGGCCCAAGACUGGGUUCUGUAUCCAGAAUGCCCAUUACCAGUGGAACGUCAUGCCUUUUGGGUUUAAGACAGCUCCAUCGUUGUUCCAGAAGACCAUGUGUUGGAUCUUUGCUCCUGUCAUAGACCAGGCUCUUGUAUAUAUUGAUGAUAUCCUUUUGUUCAGCCCAUCCGAGGAAGCUCACAUCCUCCUACUCCGAUGAUUCUCAAAGAUUGUUCAAGACUAUAGAAUCAUGCUCUCUGAGAAGAAGAUGAUAAUUGGCCAACGAGAGAUCAACUUUCUUGGCAUGCAGCUUCCCAAAGGCCAGUACCAACCAGAGCCACAUGUGGCUCAGGAACUACUCAAGUACCCUGAGGAAUCACUCUCCAAGAAGCAUAUUCAGCAGUUUCUUGGCACAGUUAACUACCUUAGGGAUUUUCUUCCUAAGAUAGCCAAGCUCACUCGCCCCUUGGAAAAGAUGUUAAAGAAGGACGCCCAUUCUUGGGGUUCUCUUCAGACAGAGGCGAUUAAGGAGCUCAAGGCUCAACUGCAGUCCCUGCCUCCACUCCAUAUUCCCUCUACGGGAAAGAGAAUCCUCCAAACAGAUGCAAGCGACAGAUAUUGGGAGCGGUCCUACUUGAAGAAUUCAAUGGCAAACGCCAUAUCUGUGGCUAUAGGAGUGGAAUGUUCAAGCCGUCAGAACAACAUUAUCACUCCACUUUCAAGGAGAUCCUGGCGGUUAUGAAUGGGAUAAAGAAGUUCGAGUUCCACCUUGUGGGAUACAAAUUCUUGGUGGAAAUGGAUAUGUCUAGCUUCCCCAAGAUGUUACAAUUCAAGCAGAAGCAACUGCCUCACCCUCAAUUGCUCAGGUGAGCAAAAUGGUUCUCUAAGUUUGACUUUGAAGUCAAACACAUCAAGGGGAAAAAUGGUCAACAAAAGGGCCAUGGGCAGUGAUUACAACAGCAGCGACGACUCCAUCAAAAGCGGAGACGAUCCAACUACUUCAUUCUAAGAUAAUGUACUAUUUUGUCGGUUGUCACUGUAGCAGUUACUGUAGUAGCAUUGAAUUAUUGCAUUUCGUUUGGUGUACCGGCGUAAUUUUCGUGUCAGUGAUAACAGACCUACUCUGCAUGACAGCUGAGGGUCUAUUGUUUUUCGUUUGUCUAUUUGUACCGACUCCCGCCUAUAAAUUGCGAGUUUAUCUUCUAUAAUAACCAUAUCAGAUAUAGCAAUAAACUACUCUUUCUGAAA